AUGGCAGACUACAGCGCGAGACUGGACAGUCAAUCGCAAAUCAAAGACCCGCCCCCUUCUAAACACGAACAAUAUUCGGUAUCGCAGUUGCCGUCUCUUCGCGAAGGCUUCAGGGAGAGCGGUGUACGGUCAGGGCUGGUUACAGGCCACCACGACGUUUCUGAUGGCCAAGAGGAAGCGCGUCGAAAUGGAUUCGACGCGCUCUUACCGCCAUCGCUGCUUCGGCAGUCCUUCUACCACGACUUCCUGGGUCCGCUGUCUUCCCCAUCUAGCGGCAGUGGCUCCGGUCAGCAUUGCUCACUUGAUGGGAAAGGAAACCCCGCAGCCUCGCUAGAUGGCUACGCGACCCACUUGGGUCCGCAUCGGACAACGCCGAAACGCAUCCAUGCCAUUGAGACCGAAUGCGAUGAACAACUAUGCUCCGCGCACAAGGGUGAUAAUGACGAAGACUCCAGUGAGGACGAACGAUACGGUGGAAACUACCCGGUCUGUCGCGUACGGGAAAUUGAUCAGGGGGCCGGCAAAGAACCUCUCAAGGAGUUCUUCAGCCGUAGUGGAGUGAAACUCGAGAUUGCCAAGAUUCCCGUGCAGAUCAACGAUAAGAAGUACCUCAAGUUCGCGCAACCGGUUCCUGGGGAUUCAAGUCGGUGGCAUUGUGUUUAUGAGACGAUGGAAGACGCAGAACCUACGCCAUGCGGGUAUAAGUCUACUAAGCACUUCGUCAAGCGGCAUAUCGAGACCACGCACAUGAGCAUCCGGUACGUGUUUGUCGCCAGUCAAGCAGUCCUUUCAUAA